ACUUGGUGAAACAACAUUUGUGUUUGACAGGUCUGGCAUAGAAGAAGUCUAUAAUGAAAGAGAACAUAUGCUCCAAGAAGCCAGCGAGUUAAUGAAAGAGACCUGCUCAACUACACCAGCAAAAAAGAAAAAAGUGGAAAACAAAGCGAAAGAUAUGAUUGAAAAGACACGCAAUGAAAGAGAGGCUAUGGCACUGCUGGCCUUUUCUGAUGUGGAUGACACUUUAAUCGACCAUGAUUACGGUGUUUGUGUUACAGUCGACGUUGACACAGAAAAUAAUAAUAAGUCUGUACAAGAUGUUGGAACUGCAAAACAGAUAUCUGUACAAGAUGUUGGAACUGCAAAACAGAUAUCUGUACAAGAUGUUGGAACUGCAAAACAGAUAUCUGUACAAGAUGUUGGAACUGCAAAACAGAUAUCUGUACAAGAUGUUGGAACUGCAAAACAGAUAUCAGCCCCCCGUACCAAAAGGAUGA